GGAGAAGCAGCUCCAGGACCUGGUCCAGGAUCAGCACCACGGACAGCUCAGAGAGCAGCAGGUUCAGUGAACUGAAGCUUCAUCAUUAAUCUGGACUUCAGACUGACAAACAUGAAUCUUUCUGCUCUGACAGGUUUCACUGAGGCCAAGCAAUCACUCAAAGUCACUGGUUUGUGAUUCUGGCUGGAGUUUUAUAAAAGUAAGAAGAUCAGAUGUGCUCAGUUCAGUGGAAUCAGAGGGAAGGAGACUGUUAGAUUCAUAUUUAUUGUGACUGAGGUGUUUGGUUUGUGUCCUCCAACAUGGGAUUAUUGAUCUGGAGCUCAGAGGAUGAAGAUCAUGUUGGAAUUUAUUGGAUUUUGAUUCUUUCUUGUGGUUCUGAACAGACUCCUGUGAAUUGAAUGAGUGUUCUUGUGUCGUUUUCUGUUUAAAAAGAACAGAAGGAAGCUUUCACUCCCUGAAUAAAGUUGCGGUUAUUGUAUGUGGAAAUGUGCACCUGAACGUUCUUAAACUCCGAUUCUUAGACAAUAUAUCUGUCAAUCUGGAUAAACGGACUUCCCCUGUGUUCUCCUCAGAGCCUCAUAAAAGGUUGAGGAACCUUCAUUGUGGUUCUGCGCAGACCCAUUGUUCCUCAGAGUGUUCUCGGCAGAGGACAGCGGGGCGCACCGCCGUGAUUCCCUCCGUCCGCCUGCCGAGCCAGAAGGGCGUCAACACAGAGACAAGAGUCCAGAGUGUUGGAGGAAGGAGACGCUCACUGGACGCCUUUGUGUCCGAACAGCAGCAGGGGAAACCCGCCCGGAGCAGCCGCCGCGCCCCAGUGGAGCAGCGGAGGAUGGAGGGUCCGGAGGAGACGUUUGUUAAACAAGAGCAUCGAGACUGUGUGUAAAGAGGAGGAAGAAAAACUUGUAACAGCAGAGAGAAUAAAGGAGAAGGAGGCAGAAAACGGGGCGUCUACAGCCGAGUGAGGAACCAAACGAGGCUGAAUCUCCGGACGCACAAUUGGCUCAGACAGGAUCGAUCAGACCCACAGUGGAUCUAAUGCAGGCCGGUGAGGAGGCACAAAUGUCCGCGGGGGAUCUUUGUUCACACCUCGGCUCAGCAGCUGCAGACAUGACGCAACAGAUCAGCGCAGAAAACUGCUACGAGAUUUUGACAAAAGCCAAACGAGAAGGCGCGGAGGGCGUGAAGCAGCAGGUCUACCGCUACAUGAGCGACCACUACCUGCAGGUGCUGCGGAGCCCCGCCGUGUACGGCCGGCUGACGGCGGGGGAGAGGGAGGACAUCCUGGCCCGGAGGAUGGAGGGGAGGAAGGUGCUGGCGGUGGCCGAGACCAGCGAGGUGUGCGAUCGCGGGGGGAGCCGAGACAACAGCCGGCCGCAGAGCCCGCUGCUGCCCGCCACGGACGACUCCAACCACCGGCGGGUGUUCUGCCUGGACCCGGAGACCCGACAGUGGGAGGUGCUGACCAACCUGCCGGAGGAGAUCCCGGCUAAAGGCUCUGGGAUGUGCACCUUGUACAACUACCUGUUCGUGGCGGGGGGCAUCAGAGCGCACGGGGACGGCCGCUCCAAGGCGUCGGACCGGGUGUCCUGCUACAAUCCGCUGACCGGCCAGUGGAGCCAGAUCCGGCCGCUCAGUCAGUCCCGCUGCCAGCUCCGCCUGGUCUCCAUGGACGGCUACCUGUACGCGGUGGGCGGGGAGUGCCUGUUUACGGUGGAGCGCUACGACCCGCGCACGGACCGGUGGAGUCCGGUGGCUCCGCUGCCCAAAGGGUCCUUCGCCGUUGCGCACGAAGCGACCUCCUGCGGCGGGGAGCUCUUCGUGUCCGGCGGCUCUCUCUUCUACCGGCUGCUACGCUACGACUCCCGGCGGGACGAGUGGGAGGAGUGUCCGUUCAACGAGAGCCGGCGGCGGUCCACGGACAUGGUGGCGCACCGGAGCCUCGUUUACCGUUUCGACGUGGACCGGGAGCGCGCCGGGGUGAGCGUGUACAAGUACAACACGGUGGUGAAGGUGUGGCUCGGCGGCGCGUCCUUCCCACUGGAUAACCCGCUGCCGUUCCGCUGCACGGUGCUCGGGGAGCGGAUCUACUGCGUGAACCGGAGCCAGACGCUGCAGUUCGAGUUGGGGGAGGACCGGGAGGGCUUCAUCCCGGAGGUGCUGCCUUCCCCGGCGGAGGCCAGAGGAGCCCUGGUGCCCUUUGUGCUCACCCUGAGCCGGGACAAGUGAUCCAACCAGAGACGCUGCAUUUGGUCCGAGAAUGGAACUAGUCCGAAAAGGUGCAGAGCAGUAAUAAGUGAAGCUGCCUUCUUCCUCUGCUGGCUUCUUUUCUCCGCGGUGCCUUUUUGUUGUCAAAAUCUCGGCAGUUGUCACUUGUUGCUGAUGAGCAGCUCAGAUUCUGAGAUUAUUCAGAUGAUUGUUUCCUGACUGUAAAGCUGGAGGGUUGCUGGUUUGAAUCAGUGGUGGAAGAAUGUUUGAAACAUUAAAUGCAGUUUUUACUGAGAGGCUGAAAGUCUCUUAAAAGUUUCUGUGUUUAGGCUGAAACCUGGGAAUGUGUACUGAAGCUGUGGCUGCUCACCUUCAAGCCUGUUGUCUCCUGAACUAACAAAGAAAGAAAACUGUUCAUCAGGAUGGAGCUAAAGACAGGAGAAAAUUACUUUAUACUUUGAAUUAACUACACAAAACAGCACUGUUUAUAAGAUUCGGUCUUCCAUUUAUCAGUUUAUGAAUCCAUAAAAUCCUAGAUGUCAAAUUGCACUUAAAAAUAACUCUAAAAUUAACUUUAAAAUAGUGAAGCAUUAAGCAAUUAAAUUGGAUCAUAUAGUUGGGUUGGAUUUACUUAAUUUACUAAUGUUACUUUUAUUCUAUAGAAUGAGUUGUUCCAAUCUAACUAAACUAAGUCAGACUAACCCUUGGAUGUAGUUAAAUCAACCUUAAAAAAUUAUGUUGACUCAACACAAGUCCAUUAAAUUAGACCAACAAAACUGCUUAAUGCUAAAACGUGCAAUUCAAUAGUGUGGAAAUACGAUUAGAUAUUUCUUCAGUGUAAGUUAGAUCGACUCACUUUAUCCCAUGAAUGAAUCUAAUAAAUAACUAAUGUAACUCCAGAGCACCUCCCCCUGCAAUAUAAACCUACAAGACACAUUGAAAAACAGUCCACAAAUAAGUUUCUGGAGCUUUCAGGCACAUCGGUCUUCUUCAGCAAAUAGUUUGUCCCACUUUUGUUCAUUUUUAAAAUAUGGCUAAUGUUGAAGCUGUAGCUUAUUUUUGGAGGCAAAUCUUCACAUUUAAUUUCACAGAGUGAAGUGGAUUUUGAACAAAUUGUCUCAACUACAGACAAACAAAGAUGAAGCAGCAGAAACAGAAGGAACUGUGAAACAGAGACACUGAUGAGGAGAAACAGGUCUGAAAUGAUCUGCAGCCACAGCACGUCAUAUAUGCAACUACAUAUAUACAACACAAACUAACGUAAUAAACCAAGAUGACUAUAACUCAGACCUGAUCAUUGAUUUGAUCAGGAUGCUUCUGAGCAAUAUUACAGCUGCUUCACUGACACAAACUAAAAUAUGCAUGGAUGCUAUAAUCUGACUGUUGCUAACGAUACUCUGGAAACUCACAGGAAUUCAAUUAAAUUCUGAGAGUGAGCAAAUUUUGUUUUCCUUUUAGGUUUCUCUCUUUAUUGCACUUUGGAUGAAGUUAAUUCAUAAAUAAAUAAAACUGUUUGUGUAAUUCUCCUGGA